UGCUCUUUCGAUGUUAUUUCACUUUGUUGUGAUUGGGUUGGCUGGCAAAUGCGCAACAGUUCGAUCGGUUGUUUUAUUAGUUUCGGGAUAAAAUGUUCGAGCUUGUAGAAGUGAUUUAUUUUUUAUGCCAAGCAUAAACGCGGUUUUUAUGUGUUCAUUCCCCCAGCAUGGUCGAUUAGAGAUAAAAAUUAAACCAACAGCAGGUCAUAUGUGAAGUAUUAAUUUAUGUGAUUAUUUAAGCAUUCCAUCUGUUUCGUUGUUUUGCGUUUUUAGAUAUAACAACCCUGUGAGUAUAGUUACAAUGUUUUUACUGUGUUCAAGUUCGAGGUGUUCAAUGUAAUGUAUGUAAUGGAAAGUGGUACGAAACCCAUUUGCAUGUUUUCGCCUGUUGAUUGCAAUAAAAACAGGUGACUGCCUUCUAUACCCACCAAUCUCUCCAACCACUCUAAUAAUGGUGAUGGUGGGCGUAAAUAUGAACCUCUGUGUCCGUGCUAAAUUCGAGAUUUUACCAUGAUGUCUAGAAACAUGGAAGCAAAGCGAUGACCUUCUCGCCACCAUCGAUCGCGACAUGUUUGGCCCAUAUGAUACUGGCAGGCGUGACGGGCUGGUCCCUCAAAUAUCUGCCAAGCAGCAGCCAUGCGACCGGGGAUGCAUCCGCGCCCUACAUUUUCGUUCUUCUGGUCUUCCUGCUGAUGCACAGUUUGCUAGGAAUUUUCCGAUUCAGCCAUCCAGAGCCACACAAAAAUCUGCGCACAUUGUACGAACUCUCCGCACUGUUGGCAUUGGCGUGUCCGCUACCUCUGCUGAACGCGCAACUCUGCAUCAAAUACCAGUUCUAUGGAUCACAACUUGUAGUUCAUAUCUUCCUACUAUGUAGUGUUCUGGGUCCAUUCCUUGCCGGGUGGCUCUAUUCGGCGCUUAGUCAGCGCCACAAAAGCUACUAUGUAUCGACCGUGGCUGUCGUCCUUAACCUGGGUGUUCUGGCGUGGGCAUCAUUCAACAACGAAAACGUAUGGGGCGUUGGACUCGUCGUGUCGUACGGGAUGAAACACUUUGCCUUACCAUGGCUUACGGAUCGCUACAGCGUUCCGUUUGUGGAUCUCUACACCUAUGGGUUGGGAUUUUUCGAGAUUUUUGCCGUCAACGUGGUGAUCGAUGCGGAUCUCUACUAUCGGACCGAACUAGUGGUGCAGUAAAAUAGACAAUAUUCAAUAUGCCUUGAGACGGACUGCUGAUUCCAUGAACCCUAAGCUAAGAAAUAGGUAUAAGAAAGAUGUUAUAGUUUUAGAGAUAUACAAGGUUACGCUUGUUAGGCGUUCUAUCGGCUGAUAGAUGUAAACUAUUUCCUACUGAAACAACUGCUUAUUCUGACUACCAGUGAUGUGAUGAUUUUUGUACGAAAUCAGAUCAAAUCGUGUGCUGACGACGACUAUUCAUAUACACUUUUUAGGCAAUAUUCCUACGUAAUGGCAUUACUAAAUGCUGCACUAUUUAACUGCAACGAGAAAGGAAGAAAUAAAAGAAUAAUACAAAA